CCUUGAUAACACGAUAAUAAUAAUAAUAUAAAAUACAAUAGUAGUAUGUUAAAUAAAAUAAAAUAAAAUAAACCAAUAAGAAAAUUUAUAAACGAUUAAUUUUUAAAAAUGCAAAGGAUUAAGAUAAAUAAAUAUAAAAAGAGACUUGAAGCAUUAAAAUGGGAGCACAAUUUCAUAGUUUUAUUAGCUUUAUGUUUUCUGAUGAAGUUAUUGUCUUAAUAUUCAGCUCCAUUUCUUUGUUGAAAACAUGAAAGUGAGAUUUCAUUUUAGCAAAUUUUGCAUUUGUGAAUGUAAAACUUUGCAAAAAAGUAUAAUGAGAUUAAUUAUAAAUUAUUCCUUUUCAUAUGUUUUGAUAUAUAUGAUAUAUGAUCCUUAAGAAACAAAAAAAUACUUUAAUGUGAAAAUCUCCAGUUCGUGAAGCUGCCAGAUAAACGUGCUGCAGUAAGACGUUCAAUAAUGAGGUGGAGUACAAGAAUAAAGCAGCGUGGAAAGAAAAUACUCUAAGUACCUCUAAAUUGUACUUGAGUGGAGUAUUUGAGUGGAGGUAGUGAGUUACUUUCCUGCGCUGCCUCAGGUGAAGUGUGUGUGUGAGUGUUUGAUGAGUUCAGGAUCACAUCAGUGUGGAUUGGAUGCAGCUGUGCAGCUCUGCCUGGAACCAGGUCCUGGAGGAUCCUGGAGCAGAUCAGCUGGUUCUUCAGUCAUGGACGAGUCGGCGUUGGAGCGUUACUUUGAUGACUCCAUUGCAAAUGACUCAAUCUUCAUGUUGGGGGAGGAGCCUCUGGGCCUCCAGAGUCCCGCCCCCUCCCAGCAGGAUCCCUCGUACCUGUCAGCGAAGGCGGGGCCAAAUGGAGAGCUGGGGGAGGAGCUGGACCUGAGUUUUCUUCCUGAUGAACUCAGCACACAGGAUGACACAGCUGGAGCAGCAGAGAGUCAGACUGCAGCUCUGGACACGUCUCAGGACAGCGGCAUCUGUCCGGACUACAACUCCCAGGAUUCCACUGCAGCUGACACCCAGCAGGAGGCGUCCAUGUCAGGACUGGGGACCAGUGCCUCCCCCUUCUGUCCCAUGACCCCUAUGACCCCCAUGACCCCCAUGACCCCUGUGACCGAGAGAUCAGGAAUCAUCCCACAGUUACAGAACAUUGUCUCCACAGUCAACCUGGGUUGUCCUCUGGACCUGAAGUUCAUCGCCCUGCAAGCCAGAAAUGCCGAGUACAACCCGAAGCGUUUUGCAGCCGUCAUCAUGAGGAUCCGCGAGCCUCGAACCACAGCGCUGAUCUUCAGCUCAGGGAAGAUGGUCUGCACCGGAGCCAAGAGUGAGGAGCAGUCGCGGCUGGCAGCCAGGAAAUACGCCCGGGUGGUGCAGAAACUCGGCUUCCCUGCUCGCUUCCUGGACUUUAAGAUCCAGAACAUGGUGGCCAGCUGUGACGUCUGUUUCCCCAUCAGACUGGAAGGACUGGUCCUGACCCACCAGCAGUUCAGCAGUUAUGAACCAGAGCUGUUUCCAGGACUCAUCUACCGGAUGGUGAAACCUCGUAUCGUCCUGCUCAUCUUUGUGUCUGGGAAAGUGGUUCUGACCGGAGCUAAAGAACGAGCUGAGAUCUACGAAGCGUUUGAGAACAUUUAUCCGAUCCUGAGAGGCUUCAGGAAACAGUGAGGACUGGGACAGCACUUCCUUUUUGUAAAUAGAUUAAAUGUGUAUGUGUAUAUAUCUAUAUUUGUAUUUUAUUUUGUUAAGCAGAAGAAUUGUGGAUGGUAAAUGAGUCUGCUGUUUGUUGAAUGUUUCACCGUCCUGGAAAAAAAGCAGAGAAAACCUCUGUUGAUUAAAAGUGACUUUAUGUUUUA